CACAUUUCGGUAGAAAUCAAUCAGAGAGAGGUAUUUAGCGGAGAGAAAGACGCGGAAAAUCUCUGUGUUAAUGCAAUUGAGAUCCAUAACUGUUUUCUCCCUUAGAUUUUGCUCUUGAAUUAAAUAGAUACAUAGAAAGAAAAAGAAGCAGAGAGAGAGCCAAUUUAGGCUCUGAGAUGUAUAUGCAGUUUACAGUUCUUCUUCUCAUGCUUGUUGCUGAAGAAAAAUCUCAAGAAAGGGAGUGGGAGAAGGAGAGAUAAACAAGAUUUCUCAUCAGGGUUUGAAUCAAAAUCAAAACUUUUUUCUUGGCUUUUGAAGGAGCACUCCAAUGGCUGCAGCGGUUUCCAAAGAUGCAAAGAAAAUGGAGUCCGUUAAGCACAAAAACCUCCAAACUGAAGUUGAGUUUGCAGAGUGUGAUUGUUGCGGUUUAACUGAGGAGUGCACGCCAGCUUACAUUGCUCACGUACGUGAAAAGUUUGAAGGGCGUUGGCUUUGCGGGCUUUGUUCGGAGGCCGUUAAAGACGAGACAGUUAGGUCUGAGGAAGAUAUUACAACUAACGAAGCGUUGGAUAGACACCUGAAGUUUUGUGAGCAGUUCAAGUCUUCGAGUCCUCCAGCUAAUCCUGCUGAGGAUUUGAUCUCUGCAAUGAAACAUUUGCUUCGAAGAACUUUGGAUUCUCCGAGGAAAAGUGGACCACCAUCUGCCUCGUUUGUUCGAUCCAAAGGUUGCUUUUCCACUCUGCCAAAUGGAGAAGUAAGGAGUGAGGUUUAAAUGGAAUCUAGUUUUGAGAAGCGAAGUUGAAUAAAGGAUUGUUGAAUAAGGCUACCAAAUCGGAAGUUUGGAUUUUGCUUAGGCAAGGUUUAACUUCAGAUAAGUCAUGUUUUAGGUUUAUUUGUUGUCAUCUUUCUUGACGUAAGGCAUUGGAUGAAUGAAACUGGAAUCUUCCUUCAAGGCCUUCAAUAAAAUGCUCAACGGGGUUUAUCAGAUUCUGGUUUUAAAUUUAUAAUUUCCUUCAAAUAUUUUCUACUUUGCCAA